AUGUCUAGCACCAAAUUUGACUUCCCGUCGUUGAAUCUGGUGUUCAUGGAUAUGGAUAUAAAAUACCGGCUUCCGAUUCCUAUCCUGGAGCCAACUCACGAAGAGGUGACUUUCCGCCCAAGAAGCCCUGCAACGAUAAAGGCACAAAUUGAUAUGGCAGGAAUAACAAGGCUGUGCCGUAAGGAUUCAAAUUUCGUUUUCCAUGCCCCUGUACGAAGCUCUGGCUUCAGCUCUGCCCGCAGUUCUAGCGAGCCGCCUACCUACCGAUCCGAUUCAUUUUUGAACCUCACGCCGCGCCAAAGUUCUGGUCCUGCGCCUAGGAGCAGUUCUGAAACCAAGCCAAAAGCCCCAACUGGUACCGUACCUAGGACGAGGGCUGUUUCUGGUCACCGUUCGAAACACGCAUCUGGCCUCGGGACUGGCAAAGCCGCUUACGAUCCUCGCAUUACAUCGGCGCACAGCUUACCCCGGGCAUAUAGCGCAGCAUCUGGCCACACUUCCAACCUCUCAUCUGACCGAGCUACUCGCCAUGCUUCUGGCUACCCUGCCAUUUACGGUUCGCGCUCCGCUUCUGGUCAUUCUACUGACCGACCUACCGUCCACAGGUCACGCCCAUCUUUUGGCCAUUCUUCUGGCCGCCCGUCCACUCACAAUUUGCGCCCAGUUUCUGGAUACCCAACUGGCCACGCUUCUGGCCAUUUUUCUGGCCAAGCAUCUUGCCAGUUUUCGAGCCACAUGUCUGGCCAAAAAUCCGGUCUCGCCUCUGGCCAAACAUGUGGCUACACUUCUGACUACACUCCUGGCCUAGCCUCCUCUCAAAGCUCCGCCGCAAACUCCGAUGUCGAUGAUGAGCAGAUACUACAAGACAUGGAGCGUAACAUCAUCAGCAUCGAACGCUCAUUGAAAAUCAAGGACGCAACAGAUUUAGAAUCCGGAGAUGAGUCACGUAUACGGAAAUUCAAGACGGCUGGAAAACGUAUACUUAGAACCAUGAAGUCGUUUAUGCGCAUCGGCCGCAGCCAUGGCACCUUUAGCAAUUACGACGAAGAACAAGGCCUCCUCGAUGCGCCGGGGCCUUCUACUGAACACGAUCUAGCUACAAGCGGAACAUCGCUGUCAUCCGACGAGAUGUGCGUCGUCACAAAUUCACCCAUUGAUACACCCAAGAAAAAGAAAUUGCGCAGUGCUAUUGACACCGCUGGGCCUACGGCCUUAAAGGCCGCCGAUUUUCAAGUGUGUGUCACGAUCAUCGAGGCCCGUCAAUUGGCCGGUCUAAACAUGGACCCCGUAGUUUGUGUUCAAGUCGGUGACGUGCGCAAAUACACUAGUGUCAAAGAAAGCACCAACUGCCCAUAUUACAACGAGUAUUUCGUGUUCGAUUUGCAUAUGCCGCCUAUAAUGCUGUUAGACCAGCUCAUCACAGUGUCGGUCCUCCAAUCGCGCAAUAUUCUUCGCGCGAACAAACUGCUCGGCAGCUUUAAAGUCGACGUGGCCACGGUGUGGAACCAGCCAGGACGACAAUUCUACCACAAAUGGGCAACUUUAAUAGACCCGGACGACGUGACUGCCGGUCUAAAAGGCUAUCUCAAGUGCGAUAUAAGUGUGAUCGGUAAAGGUGACACAGUGCAAAUUCCGCUGACGAGCGAGAGAGAUGAAGACGAUAUUGAAGCCAACCUGCUUUUGCCUGACGGAGUCCCGAUUGAACGCCAACGAGCCAAGUUCAUUAUGAAGAUUUAUAAAGCAGAUGGUCUCCCCAAAAUGAACUACUCAAUACUAGCAAAUGUAAAGAGGGCUUUUACCGGCGAAACUCAAGAUUUGGUAGACCCUUACGUGCAAGUUAGCUUUGCUGGCAUGACUGGAUGUACCUCGAUAAAGAAGAACUGCUGCACGCCAGAGUGGAAUGAGCAAAUAACAUUCUCGGAGAUGUUCCCACCGCUGUGUCAACGUGUCAAAAUACAACUCAGGGAUGAUGAUCCUGUACAUCCAAAUGUCAUUGGCACACACUUUAUUGAUUUGAAAUCAAUUUCAAAUGAUGGAGAAAGAGGAUUUCUUCCAACAUUUGGCCCAGCAUAUGUAUACUUGUAUGGAUCCACUCGGGAUUACAGUCUAAUAGAUCAACAUUCCAACUUAAAUAUGGGUAUGGGUGAAGGUGUGUCAUACAGGGCAAGACUUCUCAUAGAAAUUCGCACUGAGAUACUAGAUAACGUAGAUUGCCCUACAUCAUCAGAGGUAGAGAUUGAUCCAGUGGUACCUCUUAAUGAGGCCUUAUAUGAGAAACAUGAAGAAUUCUUCCUGUUUGGAAGUAUCUUUGAUGCAAACAUGAUUGACAAACGGCUUGUGGAUAAACCACUACAAUUUGAACUAAGCAUCGGCAAUGCAGGAAAUGUACUCGACGGUCCUAAUGAACCAGUGAAGAGACCGCACGAUUUGGAUGUGGAGCAACUUAAUAAUCUCAAUGCUGAUACUGGUUACUGGCAAAGUGUAACCCAACCAACAAAAGCUAUUUCUACGGACAAAACCUAUUACUACUUGCCGUAUUGGGACCACAAACAGUGCAUGCAUGUGCGCAGCAUUUGGCCUGACCACCGCAGGCGCAUGUUUAACUCCAAUCAAAUAGCAAAUAUCAUCGAAAAAUUUGAAGAAGGAUUAACAGAUGCUCAGUUGGCGGUCGAGGCCAAUAGCGAACCAGAUAACACUACCAUUGCUGCAUUAAAAUCCACAUUGGAAUCUGUGAGCAAUGCCUGCGCAGCUUAUGUACGACACAUGACUAAUGCUCAACUUCUGGGUAAUACCAAAUUAGAUCGCGAAAGGCAGAAAAUGUGUCUAUACGAAAUUAAUCAAAUAAGCCAAGCCACAAAAAAUCUCCGUGCACUAAUUACAAGGAAUUCUAUUAAAGGCCGUCUGCGUACAGCCUUUAGUUACUUGAAAAAACUUAAACAUUUGUGUGAGGACUCGCAACAAGCAAUGCCAGAUAUAUUUAUCUGGAUGAUCAGCAAUGGAAAGCGUUUAGCGUAUUACCGAAUUCCAGCCAGAGAUAUAAUAUAUUCUGACAAUUCUCAAGAACGUGGUAGAUUCUGUGGAAAAAUGCAAACGUUGUUCAUGAAGAACUUUCAAAUGCGAGCAUAUAUUUAUCAAGCCAGAUCCUUGAUCGGUUCUGACUCAUCUGGUUUGUCUGAUCCAUUCGCCACAGCGAUAAUUGGUGACAGCACUGCUAGCACUCAAGUUAUUGACGAAACUCUGAGCCCGACAUGGGAUGAGUUACUUGUCUUCAAUGACAUUUUACUAUACAGCACUAUUGAACAGAUUAAAUUAGAUCCUCCAACAAUUGUUAUAGAAAUAUUCGACCAAGAUAAAGUUGGUAAAUCAGAGUUCAUAGGAAGAACUUUAGCAAGACCUGCAAUUAAAGCCUUUGAAGAUAGCUAUGAAAGACCACAGUUCCCACCGUCUUUGGAAUGGCAUGAAAUUACACGAGGUGAUGAUACGGCUGGUGAACUGUUGGCCACAUUUGAACUACUUGAGAUUCCACCUAAGCAAAGUCAAAGCGUAUUACCAGAGCUUCCAACUCCAAGGGAGCCAAUUGGAAAACCACCCAUGGACAUGAACAAAGGUCCCAUUUUGCCAGUUCCCAAAGUUUUGGAUUUUGAGGAAUUUAAGGAAUGGUUGCACACAUUUGCUUUGUACAGAGGAAAAAAGACCGGUGAUGACACUGAAGAUGAAAAUCGGAUCGUCGGUACUUUUAAGGGUUCCUUAAAGGUAUAUAAAUGGCCUCUGCCAAAAGGAAGUGAUGAUCAUACAGCGAUGGGAUUCGAUUCAAAUCAUGGAUUUUUCAAAGGAAUUCCAAGUAAUGAUCCCAUCCAUGUACUGGUACGGGUGUACAUAGUGAAAGCCACAGAUCUGCAUCCAAUGGAUUUUAACGGAAAGGCCGAUCCGUACAUCAUGUUGCAUUUGGGAUCGAAAAGAAUAUGCGAUAAAGAAAAUUAUGUUUCAAAACAACUAAACCCAGUCUUUGGGAAAUGUUAUGAAAUUGAAGCUACUUUCCCACAAGACUCCAUGCUUACCAUUCAAGUUCUUGACUGGGACCUAGUUGGAGCAGAUGAUUUGAUCGGUGAAACUAAGAUAGAUCUCGAAAAUCGAUUUUAUAGCCGCCACAGAGCAACAUGCGGCCUAGCUUAUAAGUACGAAGAACAAGGUUACAAUCGGUGGCGCGACUCUUUGAAACCGACACAAAUCUUAGCUAAGCUUUGCAAGGACGGAAAGCUUAACCCUCCUAUUUACGAGUACGGAAGGGUCAAGAUUGGGCGUACUAUCUUCAAUUUGCCAAUGGAUGACACAGAACUAUUCUCGAACCCUAAUACGUUGGAAGAACAAAUGGCGCUAUCGGUUCUUCACCGCUGGCAAGAAGUACCGCGGGUCGGUACCCGUUUGGUUCCGGAGCAUGUUGAAACCAGAUCUCUGUAUAAUCCCAACAAACCGGGAAUCGAACAAGGGCGCUUGCAAAUGUGGGUUGAUAUGUUCCCCAUGGAUAUGCCACGUCCUGGACCACAAUUGGACAUUGCAGCUCGUAAACCCAAAUCUUACGAAUUGCGAGUAAUUAUCUGGAAUACUGAGGAUGUUGUUUUGGAGGAUGAUGCUUUCUUUACUGGGGAAAAGAUGUCUGAUAUAUAUAUCAAGGGGUGGCUUAAAGGGCCCGAUGACUGUCAGUCCACGGAUAUCCAUUACCGAUCCCUAACAGGAGAAGGUAACUUUAACUGGCGUUUCAUAUUUACGUUUGAAUAUUUGGAAGCUGAAGAACGGAUUGUUAUAUCGCGUAAAGAGUCGGUAUUCUCAUGGGACGAGACCGAAUGCAAAAUACCAGCUCGCUUAGAACUCCAAGUCUGGGACGCUGAUCAUUUCUCUGCAGACGAUUUUUUGGGGGCUAUUACACUGGAUCUGACUAGAUUCCCGCGUGGCGCAAAAUCAUCUAAGUUAUGCACUCUGGCAAUGCUCCGCAAUGAUGGCACGGUUCCUAUGGUCAAUAUAUUUAAGCAAAAACGUGUGAAAGGCUGGUGGCCCUUCUAUAUCAAACGGGAUAAUGAGGAAAUGGAAUUGACAGGGAAAGUUGAAGCAGAAAUACAUUUACUAACACGCGAGGACGCUGACAAGGUACCAGCUGGUCUUGGACGAAAUGAGCCGGAUCCCUUGGAUAAACCCAAACGCCCCGAUGCAUCCUUCAUGUGGUUUCUUAACCCAUUGAAAUCUAUCCGCUACAUUGCCUGGCACAAUUACAAGUGGACCAUUAUCAACACUUCUGCUAUAAUAUUCCUCGCCGUAAUGUUCCUGCUGUUCGUAUACUCUUUUCCAGGAUAUACCGUCAAAAAACUUAUGGGCGCG